GGGAUCACUCAACCCCGAAGUCUAUUUCACUUUCUGCGAUCGACAUUUACAUUUCUCGCGACUGAACUCCUCGCCUUUCCUCCACUCAUACCUCUGGAAAUACUCAAAAAUGGCCACCGAACGUGUCAAGUCGAUUCUCGGGCAAUUGCUCCCCGGCCAGACGCCGCUGGACAAGAUCACCCAGAAGAACCCAGACGACAUUGUCAUCACUCUCGCCAUCCGAACGCCGCUAUGCAAGGGCAAGAAGGGUGGACUCAAGGAUACGCCGCUCGACGGCAUCGUCUUCAAGCUUCUCGAGCAGGUCGUCAGGAAGUCAAACAUUGACCCUGCACUGGUCGAGGACAUCUGCUUGGGAAAUGUCUCCGACUCCAAAGCCGCCUACUACAACCGCGCAGCCAUGCUCGCCGCUGGCUUCCCAAACACCACCGCCGGUUCCUCAGUAAACCGCUUCUGCUCCUCCGGCCUCAAGGCCGUACAAGAUAUCGCCAACCAGAUUGAGCACGGCGACAUCGAAAUCGGCGUCGCCCUCGGCGCUGAGUCCAUGACCGCAGGUGGCGACAGAUUGGAGCGACCAUUCUUUGAGGACAUCCUCAAGGCCAACCAAGAAGCAAGAGAUUGCAUGAUGCCCAUGGGUCAGACAUCAGAGAACGUUGGCAAGGACUUCAACAUCACACGUGAACAGCAAGAUCGCUAUGCUGCAGAAUCAUACCGAAGAGCAGAGGUCGCACAAAAGGCUGGCUGGUUUGAUGACGAGAUCGUGCCAAUCAAGGCCAUGGUCGAUGGCAAAGAGGUCACAUUGACUCGUGAUGAGGGUCCACGAUACGGAACCACAUUCGAGGCUUUGAACAAGAUCCGUCCAGCUUUCCCAGAUUUCGGAGACCGAUCGACCGGUGGUAACAGCUCGCAAGUCACAGAUGGUGCCGCUGCUGUCAUGCUCAUGAAGCGCUCCAAAGCCCUCGAACUCAACCAGCCCAUCUUGGCCAAAUUCGUUGGAGCCACAGUCGCUGGUCUCGCUCCUCGCAUCAUGGGUAUUGGUCCUUCGAUCGCUGUGCCCAAGCUUUUGAGCAAGUACAACUUGACCAUCGACGACAUUGACGUUGUCGAACUCAACGAGGCUUUUGCUUCUAUGGCAGUCUACUGCAAGGACGUGCUGAAGAUCCCACACGAAAAGAUGAAUGUGCGUGGUGGCGCUAUUGCUCUUGGUCACCCACUGGGCUGUACUGGUGCGAGACAGAUUGUGACUGGUCUGUCCGAGGCCAGGAGACAAAAGAAGAAGAUUCUGUUGACGACUAUGUGUAUUGGUACUGGACAGGGUAUGGCCGGUCUGUUCGUCAACGAGCAGAACGUUGUUUAGAGGUUGCAUGACUUUUAAUGAAUUGAACAUUGAUGAAAGCAUUAUGGGAAACAGAUAUUCAUGUUCAAAUGUAUGCAUAUUUCGGUCUCGAUCUUUGCAAAAUUUACAAAAUCUGGAGUCGAAAAUUGACCGC